GUUAUUAAUAAUACAUACAGGUUCUACAUUAACUCCAGAAGGAGCCAAAAUGACGCAGGAAGACUACAUCGAUGAAGCUAUCACAGGUGUUGGUUACGGGAGGUGGCAGUUCCCCUUCGUGUCCCUCACUCUGCUAGUUCACGCAGUCUUACCUGUUCAUAUUGUGGGCUCCAUCUUGCUCAGUGUACCCAUGGACUUCCGUUGCACACCAAUGAACACCUCAGGUGAAAUUCUCACACAUGACAGGAACCAGACGAUCAACGCUGUAACGUCUAACACCUUGAUGAUGCCAGUGACUGAACCCAUCUACGACAACAAGUGUGGAAGUCCGUCUCACAGCAGCCACGACCCGCCCUCACUACCUCGCUACGUCGGCCCUCCCUCCUGUCUUCAAGUAGAAUACGACACAUCUGUAUUUCCUGAAUCUAUAAUAUCUGAGUUUAACCUAAUCUGCGAGUGGGAGACGCUACGCCCGGUAUUCCAAAUGAUGUAUUCCUUAUCUGCGAUGGUGGGCAGUCUUCUGGGGGGGCUACUGAGCGACAGGUGCGGACGUAAACGAACCAUGCAGCUGUUCAGUGUGGUGAACCUGGUAGGUGUGGUGUUGAUGGCAACGUCUCCUUGGUACACAGGUGUUCUUCUGGCCAAACUUCUGGUAGGGGGUUCCUGCUCCCCAAUGCUGCACGUGUCCUUUGGCCUAGCACAGGAGGUAAUACCACGUCGGUUCCGUACACUAACUGGGAUGUUGAUAGGUACGUCGUACUCGGUGUCCACCGUCAUGUUCUCUGGUCUAGGUUACCUGGUGAGGCAGUGGCGACACCUGCUGCUAACCUCGUCUUCCUUCCUCCUGAUCAUCAUCCCACUGACAUGCAUAAUGCAAGAGUCGCCCCGCUGGCUGGUGCAGAGAGGACGAGGUGAAGAGGCGGUAAAUUUGUUAACCACAGCCGCUCAGUGUAACCACGCCGAACUCUCCCCUUCUGUCACCUCCGCCAUCAACAAACUGAAAGAGAUUGAGCCUUUAGUUCCUGCAGCCAAUGACCCAGGUAGGAGAGAGAUACAAACCCUGUGCGAGGGUCUUCAAGGGUGGUGGGAGUACCUCAAGUUUCCAGGGUUACGCACCAUCCUCCUCGUCACCCCACUCGUCUGGUUUCUCCAAGGCUUUGUUUAUCUCGGACUCAUCCUCAACGCCAACAACUUUACCAGUAACAACCCAUACGAAUACUUGGCUUUAUGGGGCGUGAUGGAGGCAAUAGCUAUCCUCUUGGCCACACCUUUCAAUAUUAUCUUGGGACGUCGGAUCCUAUGUACAUUGUGCCUCCAACUGGCCGGCCUUUUGCUCAUCGUCGACUUACUUGUCCCUACAGGGUUACAGUGGGCCAGGUGGUCAUUGAUGAUGGUUGCCAUAUUACUGGCGUCCGCAGCCUUCCAGGUGAACUUCAUGUAUGCUCCUGAGUUGUUCCCGACAGUGAUAAGAUCUCGAGGGUGCGGGUUGGUGAGCUCUGCGGCUAACAUAGGCUUCACGUUGUCGCCAAUCAUCACCGACUUACUGGCGCGACAAAGUUGGUGGGUAACGAGUGCGGCCUUCGGAGGGGCGGGAAUCUUGGCUGGGCUGUUGGUGCCGUUACUUCCCGAGACUAACAACACACCUCUUCCUGAAACCAUUGAAGACGUAGAGAAGAGACGGAAAACAAUGUCAAAACGAAAAAGAAGAAUGAGACAAGAAGAAAGUUAGAGAGAGACGACAAAAAUAAAAAGUCGUCGACCCUCGUUUAGAUAUUAACCAUGGCCCUGUUACCUGUAUCUCAAGAUGUGACUUAAUAGAAAUUAAUACCUGGUAGACUGGUGUUACGAGUUGGGGAUUUAGAAUAUAGUUAAAAGUCUACCCAGAUCCCAACAGGCAACAACAAUAAAAAAAACAAAGACAAUCGGACUAUAAAAGGGUAGACAGAGGA